AUGGCACUGGAGGGCUCUGGUGUAGGCCUUGAGAUAGGAGUAGCCGAACCUCUAGAAGCGGAUGGGUUGUACGAAAAAGGUGGUGAGGUAGGGAAUUCGGUGGUAGAUGUCCCAGAAGGUAUUGAGGAUACUACUGAGCCUGAAGAUGUCAUUGAGCCCAAGGAUGUGGCUGAGCUCGAAGAUGUAACCACGACUGAGGAGGUAGCUACGACUGAGGACGUUGAGACUGAGGAUGCAACCGAGGCUGAGGGUGCAACUGAAGUCGACGAUAUAGAGAUUGAGAAUGUAACCGCGACUGAAGUCGUUAUAGUAGCUGGCGCACUUGAGGCGGAACCUGAAGAAGGCGACGGAAGAGAAGUGGAUAAAGUCUGGCUGAUUGUAGUUCUCGAUGUUGUAGUCCGUGUCGAAAUGGCCGGUGGCGUAAGACCAGGGAUUAAUAUGGAGGAAAGGACUGGGAGGUCUAUAGUAUAG